UAGGAACUCGAUUGCUUUCGCCGUCGCGGUGAGUGCAACGCGUAAAGUCCUCCGCCAUGUUGCAGCGGUGAAUUUUGUCCGUGCUUGCCAAGAAAGCGACUCCGGGCCGGGGAAGACGGUGAGGAGGACCCAACUUCGAAACUAUAGCAAAGAUGCCUCCUCGGCAGGUGAACACCUGACAUUUAGUAGUAGCGCUAAUGGUGUCCACGGUGAGAGGUGCUGUCAUUUCAGACGUCACAGGAACGACACGUUUGGCAGGGUCGCGGGGGUGCUGGAACCUAUCCCAGCUGACUGGGCGAGAGGCGGGGUACACAGUGAACUGGUUGCCAGACUAUCGCAGGGCCAGGCUGAGGAGGAUCCUGUGAUGGCGGCGGCGGCGGUGGGCAUGUCCGACCUGUCUGACGAGAUCCUUCUGAACAUCCUGCGCCACGUGCCUGUGUGUGACCUGCUUACCAAUGUGGCGCCCGUCUGCCAACGGCUGCAGACGCUCUGCUGCGACAAGAGCUUGCUGGCACACGUAUGCCUGUCCGAGGAGUACACGAUGGACGAUCAGACAGUACGCCACACGCUGCGGCAGCUGUCCAAUCACGUGCAGUCCCUGAGCCUUAACGGCGUCUACUGGCUGAGCAGCGGCGCGGUGGAUUCUGUGGGCCGCUGCAAGGCAGUGACGCAUCUGGACGUGAGCGGGUGGCGGCUGACGGCGCUGCGCCUCUCUCGCCUUCUGGCCUCGCUGCCCCUGCUGCGCUCGUUGGCCUUCGACGUGCAGCCGGGCUUCGAUGCCGGCAAGCUGGCAGGAGAGGCGGUGGACCGACUAAGCUGCCUGGCCGAGCUGCGGCAGACGCUGCUGACGCCCAGCUACGGCGUGGUACCCUGCUGUGCUAAGCUACGCAAGCUGAUGCUGCAGUUCGACAUCUCAGACGUGACCAGGGAGGGCAUCGGCGUAAGCUGCCACCUGAUGGUGGGCCAGAGCAGUGUACCGCACUACGAGCAACUGGAGGAGUUCAGCGCCCGACUAGCUCCAGGAGAGUACUAUAAGAUGCCACGAGGUGACAGCUUCCUGUUCCCCCUUCCUUAUGUCUUCAAAGGCUCAGUGAACCAGACGUUGCUGCUACUCUACCUGGCUGUGUUCAGUGUUCACAUUCCAGAGCGCCUCCGCGUUUUCCUGGUGUCCGUCCCUGGCCCCAACCCGGCCCACUGGUCCGCCGCCCCGUCACUGGCCCAGAGCCUGGGCCUCCGUGGUGAUCUGGAGGCCCUGCAGUUGCCUCGCUCUUGGCUGGACCCCUCGUCACUGAAGCAGGCGCUAGAGGGCAACAGCCCCAAGCACCUGAGCUUCAGCCGCUGCCCUGCCCUGUGGCCGCAGGUUUUCCAGUCACUGCUGGAGGGCGGCGUGCGGGAUGCCUCGCGGCUGCUGAGCCUCAACCUCAGCGGCAUCAACCACGUGCCGUACUCGGAGUGUCGUGGUGCAGAUGACCAACUGCUCCCUUCCAACAUGAGCCGGCUGGCAUCCAGCUGCGUCAACCUCCGCCACUUGAACUUGAUGCACACGCACUACCACCACGAGCACGCUUCUACCCUACCGCCACCCGCACCCCAUUUGUGCGCCAGCCUCGCUCAACUCCAGCACCUUCGCUCGCUCACCUUAACCGCCUGCGCCCUCUCGGACGGCGUCCAGUCACAUCAUAGUGCCGCGCAGAACUCGUCUCCCUUACUUCUGCGUGGCUUGAAGAAGCUCCCUCGAGUGGGCUUCCAGAACUACAAAGUUGGCUCGGACGUGGGGAACCAAGGGGACACCACCUCAGGAAUUAGCCAGCUGGCCGCGGGAUGCCUCUCCCUGGAGACCUUGGAGCUUAUCGGGCCGGGUUUCGUCUCCGCUCUGCCCCGCCUGGAGCCGUGCACCCGUGCAAGCAUGGAGCCACGUGGCAUGUGUGCAUGGGCCAGGGGGGUGGGGGACGCCCACUUGGCAGCGCUAGGCGGGAUGACGCGGUUGCGCCGCCUGACGCUAGCCGGCCUGCCCGGCGUCCUGAGAGGCACGGGUUUGGCCCACCUAGUGACUCAGUGCAAGGACCUGCAGGUCUUGUCGCUCGCCAACAUCGGCACGCUAAAAAUUAUGAACUAUAACGCCGCCCUGCUGGAGGCACUCAGACACUGCUCGCAGCUACGAGAACUCAGGUUAGAGCAGCCCUACUUGAACGCCAACUCUUCCUUCUUUGAUGCCCUCUCCUGCUGCUGCAGCCUGCAACGCUUCUGCCUCAUCUCGCGCAACGGCUCUUUUGAGGCGGCUGCGGCUGAGUUAUUCAUGGGGCGCUGCAGCCGCGUGGUCAUGUGCCACAUGUUCACCGGCGGUACGUUGGUGGCCUGCCGGAAUCUGCAGAAAACUCUCCUUGACAGGUUUUUACCUGAGCGGCCGGGCCUUUCUGCAGUCAUUUACCCGAUACAGCACGAAGACCUGCCUUCCGUCAUCAGAGACAUCCCCCUCACUCUGUUGGACAGCACCACCUUAUUCCAGAGUCACGUGGCCCAGCCGCCGCGUUUGUCACCAUGGUGAUGACAACUCACAAUACCUCCACGCCAUUGGUGCUGCUGAAGUUUACGAUCAAGAAGACUGAUUGGACUCGUUUGUCCUGUUUUCAGCUCUUUCUUUUUAACCUUAAGUUGUGAUGCUUUGAAUGGAGAUGUUACAGUGAGUUUAGAGUGAAGUGUUUUUUUUUUUUAAGAACUGCCAUUUAAAUUUUGCCUUUUUUUUUUUGCAUCAAAAAUAACAUGCCACUCUUUUAUAAGUGCCAAAUUAAAGGAUGUAUUUGUUUGCAAAAAUGUAUAUUGGACCUCCAAUUCCAAUAAAUUAUUAUUUUUUAAUGA